AUGACGAUUUUUAAAAAUAUGAGCGCCACGCUAUCCGUGAAUCAAAAGCAUUUGAGUGUUAAUGAGGAGCAUUUUGGAGGUGUUGGGACGGCAGCUCGAUCACGCUCGGAACGUGCUUCUAGCUUGGCACUACCGCACAAUUCCCUAUUGGAUUUUUACGACACAGAGCAAGAGCAAUGCAGCUCAGUGGCAUUGUUGCCGACGAACGUAAAUGUAGUAGUACGAAGGCAUUCAUCGCACUACUAUCCCAUGUUAGAAGAGAAACAGCAGCAGCAGCAGCAGCAGCAGCAGCAGCAGCAGCAGCAGCAGCAUCAGUUUCAGCAGCAACAACAACCAUUAAAGACACAAUUACAAAUGCAAAUGCAGGCACGGCAAUUGACUGCAAUGGCCACAACUGAUAACGGCGGCACCCUAUCACCAUUUACCGCUGCCAUUCCCGAGUUGCAGCAAUACAAUUAUAAUCAUAAUAAAGGCGGUCAAUUGGCUAUUCAAGACCUCCAAUCGAUGCCAUCAUUGUCGCUUUCAAGCUUCCGGAUUAUGAAUCGUCGCAAAAGUUCAAAUCCUUACUGUACCAAUGGUCGGAUGAGGUUCCGCGCUCUCCAACUCUUUCUCAAUGUAGUCGCUAUAUUCCUUAUAGCUGCUGGCAUAGGGACAUACUUAAGUUCCUAUCCGACCAUCAAGUUCGUCAAUAAAACUAUAAUAAACACCGUCCAUGUGGAAGAAAUAUCAGGUUAUGGAAAAAAUCCUGCGCCCGGCACGUGUUUACCGAUUAUCGUAAAGUUUUGUCAAGGUCCACAAAUUCCGUAUAACUACACCGUAUUUCCCAAUUAUAUCGGACAUUUUGGUCAACUGGAAACUCAAGUGGAUCUAGAUGCCUAUGAUGCAUUGGUUGAUGUGCGUUGUUACGAGUUGGUAUCGCUUUUCCUGUGCACACUUUUUGUGCCCAAAUGUGGUUCAACCGGCGCAACAGUACCUCCCUGUAAGACGCUGUGCACUGAAACGAUGCGACGUUGUGGUUUCUUUUUCGAUGUAUUCGGUCUUAGUUUGCCCGAGUAUUUGAAUUGCAAGCUGUUCAAAGAUUUUGAAAACCCCGAAGAUUGCGUUGGUCUGGAUCAGGUGCGUGAAGUGAUGCUGGCAUCGACAAAACCGAAAUGUGAUGGUUUCCAGUGUGACCAGAAUCGCUGUUUACCGAAUGAUUAUGUAUGCGAUGGCCAUUUAGAUUGCAUGGAUCAAGCAGAUGAGGCCAAGUGUGAACGUUGCCAAAAGGAUGAGAUUUAUUGUGGCGACAAUCGCUGCAUAGGUAUGAAGCACAUUUGCGACGGUGUUAUCGACUGUCCGUUUGGGCAAGAUGAACGUAAUUGCAUACGUCUUAGCGAGCGUAAUGGCGAUUUGGGGAAAGGAGUGUUGGAAAUCUACCGCAUCAAAUCACAAAAAUGGGCACCGGCUUGCGUUAAAAACUGGGAUCGUGCGGUAUCGCCUUCAGCCGUCUGCUCUAUGCUGGGCUACAGUGCCGUUAAUGCAACUAGCGUGGUGACACUUAAGACACAUCGACCGCUCUUGACGUCCAUAAAUGUUUCCACUGAUAUUUGGAAAAUGUAUGCGAAGAAACAUUCAAAUUUAAUGCAGGAAUUCGCCAAUUGUACGCCGGAUGAGGACUAUCCAAUCGCCGAGCUGACAUGUGCUAACUAUGAGUGCGGCAAGGUGAAACGUGGCCGCCAUAAACCAUCUCGCCGCAUUAUUGGUGGCUCACAGGCAAACCCUGGAUCAUGGCCAUUUUUAGCUGCCAUUUUAGGAGGACCCGAAAAAAUCUUCUAUUGUGCUGGUGUGUUAAUAUCCGAUCAAUGGGUACUCACGGCAUCGCAUUGUAUAGGAAAUCACACCGUCAUUGAUCUAGAAGAUUGGACCAUACAACUCGGCGUAACCCGCAGAAAUUCUUUUACCUAUACAGGUCAAAAGGUUAAAGUCAAAACUGUCGUACCGCAUCCAAAUUACAACACUAUAAUCACGCAUGACAAUGACAUAGCACUGUUUCAACUUGCCACAAGAGUCGCUUUCCACGAGCAUUUGUUGCCGGUUUGUCUGCCACCGCCCGGUAUCAAACUGAAGCCAGAUCAAAUGUGUACGGUAAUCGGUUGGGGGAAACGAGAGAAUAAAGAUCCCAAAUCUACUUACGAGCCCAUUGUCAAUGAAGUGCAAGUACCCAUUAUUGGGCGACAACAGUGCGAUCAGUGGCUGGAUAAUCUGACAGUAUCUGAUGGCAUGAUUUGCGCUGGCUAUGAAGAAGGAGGCAAAGAUGCAUGUCAGGGUGAUUCCGGUGGACCUUUACUCUGCCCCUAUCCGGGUGAAAAGGAUCGUUGGUUUGUUGGUGGAAUCGUAUCUUGGGGCAUUAUGUGUGCACAUCCAAAACUACCCGGUGUAUACGCAAACGUGAUCAAGUAUGUGCCAUGGAUUCAGGAACAAAUGGCUAAGUAUUCGAAACCGGUGGGCGAGGAAAAGUUUUCGAAAUAUGAUGCACAUCCUGGUGGACCAGAUAUACUGUCGAAUAUAGCGACUGGACCAGUGCGUAACAAAAAACCACAUCACAACCAAAAUCGCAGUCCAAUGGACAUAGAUUAUUAUGAAAAUUAUAAGAAAACUUAAGUUUAACUUGAAAGUUUAUGUAUUUACAGAUAAAUGUGCAUGAAAAAUAGCAAAGGUAUUGAAUUGAAGUCAAAAGUUCAAAGACAGUGAAAAAAGACAAUAAUACUGCAUUGAGUGUGAAAUUUUAUAGAUAAUAAUAUACAAACAUACAUACAUACAUACAUACAUACAUACAUUUAUUAUAAGAAAGGUAUUGCUAAAAGUGAAAUUCCUACAACAAAUUACAUAUACACACACAUAUAUGUAUACAUAUAAAAUUAACUGCGAUUUGUUUGUAUUUGGCAAACAAGAAAUAAAAUGAAUCAUAUCCUUGUGGCAUAUUGCCAUUUAAAAAGUGGUACAUAUGUAUAUGUUUACACAGUGUAAUUGAGAAAUAUUAACUUAAUUAGUCAAGGGAUGCCUAGCACUUUGCUUGUGUUACGAUUAUUUUUUUUUUGCUUUCAGUCAAGCGCAAAAGUUAUGAGUGGAAGUAUUACAAUUAAAUACACACACAAAGAGUACAUAAAUAGUAUUAGCCAAUCAAGUCAAUUUCCGAAUUUAAAUGUCAAUUUGACCCAAAGACAGAUGUGUUUUGAGUGCAAUGAAUAAAAUCGAAUAGAAAUGUAAAUGUAAAACCAACCUUAAUACGGUGUAGCUACAUACAGAAACACAUACGUACAUGUUUACAUACAUACAUCCGAAUUAGUAGUUCCAAGGGCAUACGUAUAUUUGAAAAAAAAAAAUGAUAUACAUAUGUAAGUAUUUAUGCAUGCUUAUGUAGAUUAUGUGGGAGAAAUCUCUGGUUCUGAACGGGUGCGGUUUUUUUUUUUAAUCUUGACUUGUCGAAUGUCGAAUAAACAGUAUUUUUUUA